AAGGAGGAUCGGGAUCGGUGUAAACAUCCGGGCCAUUUAAAUAUGUCUGCGCCCGUAACACGAGUUCGGGAAAAUGUCAUAUUUCAAAAGAUUAGUUUCCAGAAAGAUUGCCAAUGCACUAAAAAGAAAAUGUGUGGUUAACAUAAAACAGGAAGAACUAGAAAAUGAAGUAUAUUUUCUUGUAAGGCAUGGCAAUUUCAGACAUUUAACAGACAAAUUCCCAUCUUUAAGUGUCAACAAAAAAUAUCUACAAAGAUUGACUAAUGCCUCAUCAAAAGAUAUUGAUGUUGUGCUAGAGAAAGAUGAUGAUUUUGAAAAUAUAACAUCAAGCCAGAAAGGAAAUGACAUUAACUUUAUGGUCAAUCCUCAUGGAUUUAUGCAGGAGGUGCUCAGAGAGAUUUGCCAGAGAAAGGAGAGUUUUGGUAAAACAGAAAACCUACUCAGCAAAAAGUUAAAGAUCCUGGUGGAUUUCAGUUCUCCUAACAUUGCUAAGGAAUUUCACGAGGGUCACCUACGCUCCACAGUGAUCGGGAACUCCCUGUGUAACCUGUAUCAAGCUGCCGGGCACGAAGUAGUCAGGGUCAAUUACUUAGGUGACUGGGGAACUCAGUUUGGAGUUUUAUUGAGUGGAUAUGAGAGAUUUGGGAAUGAGCAAUCCCUAGAAGAAAAUGCAUUGGCACACUUAAACGAAGUGUAUGUCAGGGCAAAUAAGGAAAUGAAAAAUGACCCGACCUUGACUUCAAGGGCAGCUGAAAUUAACAAAUUACUGGAAGAAGGUGAUGAUAAAUAUUUGAACCUGUGGAAGAAGUUCCGAGAGAUAAGCAUCUCAGAGUAUAAGAAACUUUAUAAAGUUCUAGGAGUGGAGUUUGAUGUUUAUGAAGGAGAGUCUAUGUACUACAACAAAAGUCAAGAUGUUAUAGAUCGUUUAGUCGAGAAAGGAUGUAUUGAACGAUCUAAAACUGAUGAUCAUGUUAUUGCUGUGUACAAGUGUCCAAAGUCAGGUGUAAGGAAAGAAGUUGUCCUGCAGAAAAAAGAUGGAACCUCUCUGUACAUUACAAGAGAUCUUGCGGCAGCUUUUGAAAGAAAGAAAAAGUAUGGAGUGGAUGCUCUUCAGUAUGUUGUUGAUCAAAGACAAGUUGGACAUUUUGAAAAUCUCUUAAACUUACUGAACAUAAUGGAACCAUCGGAAUCUUGGAGAAAGGGUGUUUACUUUUGCCGCUCUUUCGGAGAAAUUGAGGGCCUUAGCACUAGGGAAGGAAAGGUGUUACUACUGAAGGACAUCAUAGAAGACUUGUCAGCAACCAUGCUAGAAUCCAUGCAAAACCCCGAGCACAAGUAUUCCAUAGAGGAUUGUGACCCAGAAGAACUAAAACAAAGAGCCCAAACAUUAGCUGUCAGUCACCUGAUCUAUACAGAUUUACGGUCCAAUCAUAAUCGUCCUUAUAAGUGGAAGAUGGACCUAGAAAAUACAAAAAGUUGGAAGCUGAGGAAAGGAAAUGUUGUCCCGGUGCAAUAUUGUCAUGCCAGACUUUGUCAAUUGUUAGAUAACCCUGCUCUGCCUUUAACCCUGAAUCCAGAUGCCAGAACAGAAUACCUCAGCUGUGAUGAUAAAGCGGCCAUCUCAGCACUUCCAUUACAACUUGUUUUACAAAUGGCCAGGUUGGAGGAAGUUAUCCAUGAAGGUGUGAGUCAGAGCCAGUCGUAUUGCAUUCAUCACUACAUAGAACAUUUAGUAGCACUUAUAGGAAAGACGUAUGAAAACUACAGGAUAAAUGAUAGGAGUAUAUCUAAGGAGCAAGAAGAGGUGCGUUACCUUCUAUUUUUCUGUGCCAGACAGACACUUUCAAAUUCUCUAAAACUCCUGGGAAUACCACCAAUGAAGAAAGUCUGAAAACAAAGAUUUCAAGGAAGAGAGAGAGAGAGAGAAAGAGAAAGUGAGAAUAUGGUGU